UUACAAAUCAUAUAAACAAGAAAGAUUUGGGGGAUUUGAAUUCACUAAUUAAAUAAAUCAAAAAAAAGGAACCUUAACUUGUCAAGACUAUAUUUUUUUUUCCCCCUGUUCAGUACGCUUCCCUCAUUGUUCAAUAAUCAAUCAUGUCGCAACUAUUAGACAAAGAAAUAAAUAGAACUCCAUCAUUGUCUUCAUUGUCCAGUGAUGGGUCUACUCGUGAUUUGAUUGAGAGUUUAGAGACCAAGAGUAAACCAGUCAGCAUCAAUCCAAAUGACUCCUAUUCGGAACUAUAUGACAGAACUUUAGAACCUGUAGAUCAAAAGGAAAAUAAAACAAUAGGAGGAGAAAGAGAGAUACGAGCAAACGAUAAACCACCACAAACAACAUCAAUAUCACCUCCAUUAACAGAAAAUGAAAGUUCAAAGACCUUCGGUACCCUUCCUAAAAAGAAGCCUAUUAGAUUUACAGUACGGAAAGUGUCUCAUGAUCUUAUAUCUAGUCCAGAUUCAAAUCUGUAUUCUACAUCAAGUAGGAAAACUUCAGGAACUAGUGUUUCAUCCAAUUCAAGUCCUACAACUGAUUCUAUUGCUGCUGCAAAUGCAGAAAAAAAUAUGGCAUACACUCAACAAAAAUAUGAUCAAUAUGCUAAAAAGAUUGAAAAAAUUACUAAAGAGAUUGAAUUUUUACAAAAUCUUUUACCACCAUAUAAUGUAGAAGUUGAUUAUGCUACAAGAUUAAAAAUUAAUAAUGCAGUGGAAAAGCUUAAAGCAAAACAAGAUGAAUUACUGAAGAAGAAAUAUUUAUUGGGAAUAUCAAUAAGUAGAUUGUGGAGAAAUAUGGAUGAUAGUGAUAUAUGGGUUAGGUCUAUGGGAAAGCAAUAGAAGAAUGAUAAUGAUUAAUUUAAAUUCAAUUUUAAAUUCUAGAAAACAAAACAAAAAUUUAUUACCCAAGAAGGAGAUAAAAAUACCAUAUUUGAGUGAACCAAGAUGUUUAGAAUUAAGUUAACUUUAUUGAAUUUCUUAUCAACUUGAAUGUUGAUACGUUUUUAGUUGAUAAGUUGCUAAACUUUAGAGAAGGGGGGAUUGAGAAAUUAAACCGAACCUAUUAUUUAUUUUGGUUUAAGUUAUAGAUUGUAAUACUACCAUAUCCAUAAUCGGAAGAUUUCUAGUAGGAUGUACCUUAAAAAUGAGAAAUUUGUAAA